GACCCCGCCGGCCGCAGGCGGUUGCGCGCCCGCCGCCCGCCGGCGCAGACUCCUCCCCGCUGACAUCAGCGCGGCCGGAGCCGGAGCCGGAGCCGGAGCCGGAGCGCACACCGCCACCUCGCGCCGCGCGCACUGCAGGAGCCCUGGCUGUGGCCAGGGAGCAGUGGGCCAUGCCGGGGGCAGUGGAAGGCCCCAGCUGGAAGCAGGCGGAGAACAUUCGGGACAUCUAUGACUUCCGAGAUGUUCUGGGCACGGGUGCCUUCUCAGAGGUCAUCCUGGCAGAAGAUAAGAGGACCCAGAAGCUAGUGGCCAUCAAGUGCAUUGCCAAGAAGGCCCUGGAGGGCAAGGAGGGCAGCAUGGAGAACGAGAUCGCUGUUCUACACAAGAUCAAGCACCCCAACAUCGUGGCCCUGGACGACAUCUAUGAGAGUGGCGGCCACCUCUACCUUAUCAUGCAGCUGGUGUCAGGUGGGGAGCUGUUUGACCGCAUCGUAGAAAAAGGCUUCUACACGGAGCGCGACGCCAGCCGCCUCAUUUUCCAGGUGCUGGAUGCCGUCAAGUACCUGCACGACUUGGGCAUCGUCCACCGAGAUCUCAAGGCAAGCCGGCCCCUGACUGUGGCUUCCCGUCUUCCCCGCUCCAAGCCAGAGAAUCUGCUCUACUACAGCCUGGAUGAGGACUCUAAGAUCAUGAUCUCAGACUUUGGCCUCUCCAAGAUGGAAGAUCCAGGCAGCGUGCUCUCCACAGCCUGUGGGACCCCUGGCUACGUGGCCCCUGAAGUGCUGGCCCAGAAACCCUACAACAAGGCCGUGGACUGCUGGUCCAUUGGGGUCAUCGCCUACAUCCUGCUCUGCGGUUACCCCCCCUUCUAUGACGAGAACGAUGCCAAACUCUUUGAACAGAUUUUGAAGGCCGAGUAUGAGUUUGACUCUCCUUACUGGGACGAUAUCUCUGACUCUGCCAAAGAUUUCAUCCGGCAUUUGAUGGAGAAGGACCCAGAGAAGAGGUUCACCUGUGAGCAGGCCUUGCAGCACCCAUGGAUUGCUGGAGAUACGGCUCUCGAUAAGAAUAUCCACCAGUCGGUGAGCGAGCAGAUCAAGAAGAACUUUGCCAAGAGCAAGUGGAAGCAAGCCUUCAAUGCCACAGCUGUGGUGCGGCACAUGCGGAAGCUGCAGCUGGGCACCAGCCAGGAGGGGCACGGCCACCUGGCGAGCCACGGGGAGCUGCUGACAUCCCCGGCGGGAGCAGGGCCGGCAGCUGGCUACUGCUGUCGAGACUGCUGUGUGGAGCCAGGCCCAGAGCUGUCCCCUACACUGCCACCCCAGCAUUAGGCCCUAGUUGGCGCCAGGUUUCCUCCAUGGAAAGGGCUGGGGGCAGCCUGCUCCCCUUUCUCCUUGAACUGGGGAGACACUCUGCCCCAUGCCUUCUGUACCCCCGCCCUCUCACGCAUCACAUUUUCCAUAUAAAUAUUUCUAUUUUAUUGUUCCUUCUUAUAAUAAAGGGAAGAAGAUAAAACCAGA